CCUCGAGUCAAUUUGGGUCCACUAUAUCAAAAACACACACGGUAACAAAAAAAGACCCUUCUUUCCCUUUCCACAAAACGCACUGUUUCUUUGCGUUUCACCUAACCGCCUCUUCAUGAACACCGUCUCAGACACCGCCGGCGCCUCGCCUCCGGCACAUCCCAUUGAGAUCUCGCCAGACACGAAAACCGCCACAAUGUCCGACAGCGACGGAGUUGGUGGGCCCACAAUCAAACUCAAUGUUUCUUACGGUUCAUCUCUUCACCAGAUCCAUCUCCCAGCCCAAUCAACUUUCGGAGAUUUAAAAAAAUUGCUUGUACAGAAAACUGGUUUAGAGUCUGAACAACAACGAAUUUUCUUCAGAGGAAUAGAAAAGGAUGAUAGGGAGAAAUUGCACAUGGAAGGUGUGAAGGAUAAGUCAAAGAUUUUGCUUUUGGAGCGCGCUGCUAGCAAAGAGAAGAAGCUUGAGGAAACCCGAAAACUCAAUGAGAUGUCUAAAGCUAUUGAAGCUAUUAAUGGGGUCAGAGCUGAGGUGGACAAGCUCUCAAAUAGGGUUGAUGCCUUGGAAGUGGCUAUCAAUGCAGGGAACAAGGCUUCUGAGAAAGAAUUUCUCUUGUUGACUGAGUUGCUUAUGAAACAAUUGCUGAAAUUGGAUGGUAUUGAGGCUGAAGGCGAAGCAAAGUCACAGAGAAAAGCUGAGGUGCGCCGUGUGCAGGGCCUCGUUGAUAAGUUAGACUCUCUAAAGGCUAGAAGCUCCAACCCUUCCAGUCAAAGUGGUAGUGCUGCCACAGGAACAACUCAUUGGGAAACCUUUGAUACAGGAACAGAAGACUCGAACGAGCCAUCCUCAGCCACAACACCAUCUUCAACAAAAGUAUCUCAAGAUUGGGAGCGGUUUGAUUAGCUUAUAAUUGCUGUGAAAUAUAAAAUUAUAAAGACUGUACAAUACCAUAAUUGCUUUCAUCCUUUGUCCAAGGUUGAAAAAAAAGAGCUUUUUAUACAAAUUAAUGUUUACAAUACUUAUAGAAUCUAACUUACACAUACAUGUCGGUUAAAAAAAAAACUUACACAUGUGGAUCACAAUUUAAUUGCACCAAUUACAUUAUACCAAACUAUCUGUCACUCAAAAUUUUAGGGUUACAUCUCUGCAAUUUCAUUUGCUUUUGAUGAGUAUCCAUGCUUAGUUCCUCGCCAUGGACAUCAUCAUCAUCCUCAUCAUCAUCGUUUGUAGUUUUGAAUUGGUUGUCUUGGUUGUAUGACAAUUGUAUGGUGAGAAGAUAAGUGUAGUGGAGACUAAGUUCCGUUCAGGCUCUGCUGAGAGACCUGUGAGGUCAAUUUACAUAAUUACAUAUGAUGAAGGUGAUAUGUAUAUUCCUACAAACAAAAUUGCAUGGCCAAUGUAAGCUAACAAAUAGUACCCUUUCAUCAUGUAAAUAUGUGUUUCAUUUAAUAUCUACCUUUGCUAUAUAAAAACUAGAAAAACAUGUGUAAUUGUGUUGCAAACAAAUAAUAAAAAG